AAAUCACGGAAGCACAUGGUGAAAAUGUGUGGAUUUAACUCAAGUCAACUGGAUAUUUACAGUUUUCUUUCAUUUUAAUCUCCACAUUUAAACACUGGCAUUGAAACGUGUUGUUUAGUCAUCACUGUCAGGUUUUGUUUUGUUGCUAACGUGUAGAAAACACGUUUGAUUCUUUUCCAUCAUGGUUCGAGAGAAAAGGGCUGUGAAGUUACAAAGGCCUAAAAAGAAAGAGUAUAAUGAAGAUGACCCUGAAGCCUUCCAGAGCAUGCCUGUCCCUGACAAGAACUCGGCAAACUACACAAAGGACAAAAUUGAUGAAUUUCACGAUGAGAAGAUUGCAAAACUUCUCGCCAGUGGCGUUCAGAUGGAGAGCGACCAGGAGGAGCUGGAUGAUGAGGAGGAAGUGAUGGCCCUGGAUGAUUCAGCGUCAGAGGAUGAAGAAGAAGAGGAGGAAGAGGGGACGGACAUGGAGAGUGACCUAGAGGGGCAGCAAGAAGAAGAUCUUCCCAAUGAAAUGGCCUGGGGCAACAGGAAGAAGAUGUUCUAUGACUCUGACUACGUGGCCACCAAGGGGAAAAAGCAAGACGAGUUGGAAGCUGAGGAAGAAGAGGAGGAAGAAGAGGCUAAAAACAUCCAAAACCGUUUAGCUGCAAAUCUGACCGAGGAAGAUUACGACUUAAACUUUUUUCAGGAGUUUGCUGCAGAGGAGAAGGAUGAAAACAAGACGGUGGAAAAAGAGGAGAGGAUUGUGAAAGACCUGCAGCAGAUGUCCCAGAAGGAGAAAAUGAAACUUCUGAAAAAGGAGUCGCCAGAGCUGCUCGAACUCAUUCAGGACUUCAAGGCAAAGCUUAAUGAACUGAAGAACGAGCUGCGGCCGCUCGUGCAGAUGGUCAAGGACGGAAAAAUCCCUCCAGGAAAGGGUGCUGACUACCUCAAGACAAAACAGCAACUUUAUCUCAAUUACUGCACAAACAUCAGUUUCUACCUGGUGCUGAAAGCCAAACGAGUUCCUGCUCAUAACCAUCCAGUGAUCGAAAGACUGCUCACCUACAGGAAUAUUAUUAAUGAACUUGGUCCAGUCGACGCUCGGCUCGCCCCUCAGUUCCGCAAACUGCUGUCUGGUGAGGAGAGCACCAGCAGACCAGCAGAGGGCAAGAAGACCAGAGUGUCCAGUAAAAAGGAAAAGGAUUCUGGAGAAGUUGUGCCUGAGGUUGAGGAGGAUUCAGAUUCUGAGCUGGACGAGGAAGCAGCUCUGCGUUUCUACAGAGCGGCGGAGCAGCGCUCCAAACUGAAGAGGAAGGGCCAGAAUGAGCCAGAAGCUGAAGAGUUGGAGGAGAAUGAAGAUGAGGAGGAAGAUCCAGAAGCUAAAAGAGGAAUCACUUACCAGAUGGCCAAGAACAAGGGGCUCACACCAAAGAGGAAGAAGAUCGACCGUAAUCCCAGAGUCAAGCACAGAGAGAAGUUCAGACGGGCCAAAAUCCGCAGAAAGGGCCAGGUGCGUGAGGUCCGUCGGGAGGAGACGAGAUACAGCGGAGAGAUGUCUGGUAUCCGUGCCGGCGUCAAGAAGAGCGUCAAACUUAAGUAACCAAGAGAGAUUUAAAAGUUUGCUGCCAAAUGGAGCCAUGAGGCUGCAAAAAUACCAGCUGACUUUACUUGUGAAUGUUUAUUGUUGUAGGUGAUGUUAACUGUUUCAUCGAAUCAUUCAGCUGUUAGUGUUGUAGAAAAAAACAUUUUUUUCUAGAUCAUUUUUGCAGUGUGAAUAAACAUUUAAUAAACCUUCAAUAUGUUGCUUAUUGUCCCUGUACAGAGACACCACUAUCAACUUAAAGGGAAACAUCAGUUGUUUUCAAUCCAAGGUUAUAAUAGUUUUGGAUUUUUCAUUAGUUUUAGUUUUAAUUUCGUUGUGAAUUUUUGUUUUCAAAUUCAGUUAGUUUUAG